CUACCUUCAGCUAUGAACAAUAAUGAAAGCUCGGUGCUUCGACUCGAAUAUAGUCCGUGGACUGUUGAAAUUAAAGUCACGGUGAUCAUGGCAAGAAUCUCACAAGACUUUAUUGCGAAGCUUGCAAAGACGAUCAACUCAUUCAAUGUUCCAUGCGUCCUGUGGGGCCAUUGUCUUCUCAAUGUUCACGGGGUACCAUCGAUUAUUGGAUCCAUCGACUUCAUCGUGUCAGACGAACAACUACAGCUCAGCAUAGGCGCCAUCUCAACUCAGGCAAGAAGACUGGUUUCUUGUCAUAAUCCCGACACUUGUCCUUUUGGUUCGAAAGACCGCUUCACACCACCACCAGCAUUUCAUAUGCAUGUGCGGGACGAUUUGAACAUCACCGUGGGGCUCUAUCCACAAUCAGACACACUCUGGUUCUUGCCCCCGCUGGCGAAGGCGCUCCCAGACGCAACUGCGAAAUUUCACGGAAACACUCUCUUUGCAAUGGCAUCAGACUCGACUGUUCUUCCCCCUUCGAGACCUGGUCGGGGCUCUGGUGUCUUCACAGACAAAGGAUGCCAUCAUGUGGUAGUACCACAAGCAGCCGUGUUAUUGGAGGCAUAUAUGCGGCUUUACGCACGAGAUGCGGAGAAGAAGAUUGGCAGCUUUGCAAUGGCCAUGAUCGAUUACGUGGAGCAGUACAUCGAUGAAGAUGGCCUUUUGGACGUGAAUUUGCUUCCAGCCCCUCUAGGCUGGUUUUACCUCCAGCUCAAAUCGGGAGAGAUGCCUGUCCGCCAGUGGACAAAGGAACUGCGGGAGGCGCUUGGGGUCCGGAGCUGAAGUUUAAUGUUACGACGAGGCAUGACCUUCGAAGGGAAGCAAGCAGAGCAUGCGAGGACCUCUUUGCCAAAUGGAAACAGAGAUCGGCCAUUU